AUGAAUCCUACGAUCGGAAUUACCACUCGCCGGCUCGGAAAUCUCAUUCUCCUCUUUUAUCGCUCCAAGUCGCCGUUGAGGGUGGGCCAGCCCACGCCGGAUCGCCCCCUCCCGAUCCACUCGCACCGCCACCAGCAUCGAUGGGAUGAAUCUAGCGACGAGGGCGAUCUCAUUGCCCAUUCGACUUCCCCGGAGCAACCACUGUGCCUCAAUGGUCUCUCGGUACAUACGACUCUUGGAGCGUCGCACUGGCCUCGUCCUGGCGUCGAGCAAAAACUUCAGCCGUUGGUGUUAUCUAUUACUGUUCCUCUCUCGCUGGCUCAAUCUGGUGCUGUCGAUAAUCUAGACGAAUCCGUCAGCUAUGGCUCUAUAUGCAAAGUCGCCGAAGCAUGCGCCUCUGAAAAGGGCAAAUUUUCCUCGGUCGAGUCCCUUUCAAAGGGAAUCGCAGAUGCUUGCUUUGACGCAUUCAGGAGUAUUAAUGAGGGCGCCGGAAUCAAAUCUGUUCAACUUCGGCAAGGUACUGAGAAUCAGACCUAUUUCGUCCGGAGCCUCGAACUGAGUACUAUUAUUGGACUUCAUCCUUGGGAGCGACUCGAGAAACAGCUUGUUCGCCUCGACCUUGAAUGGUCCCUCGAAUCCAAUAGCCCCCUCCCUCCAACCGGAUUCGACUUUCGAAACCUGGUCGCUAGAGUGUCGGACUUCACGGUCGCAUCCGCAUACCAAACUGUCGAAUCUCUCGCAGCCGCUAUCGCUCAAGUCGUGCUUCAAGCGGGACAACACAUCAAUGAAAUCACAGUUCGAGUCGGUAAACCGAGCGCAUUAAUGAUGGCCGAUACUGCCGCCGUACAAAUCACUCGCACUUUGUCCGACUUUGGUCUUCCUGGGCCUGCAAAUGGACCUGCGUCCGCACUUUGCAGCGCAUUGGCUUAUACACCUCCAAGGGGCCAGCACCUUGCGAUUGUUGCUCUGGGUUCGAAUAUGGGCGAUCGAUUUGUAAAUAUCGAGAAGGGAUUACAGGCUUUGGAGAGAGAGGGUGUCAAGGUGGUGGAUACAAGUUAUCUUUAUGAAACCGAGGCAAUGUAUCACGAAGAACAAGCCUUGUUUAUUAAUGGAGUUUGCGCAAUAAGCACCUCUCUAAGCCCAACCGAACUUAUUGCCCUAUUGAAGCGUGUCGAGAAUGAAGUUGGUCGCACUCCAACAUUUAGAAAUGGGCCUCGGGUUGUAGACUUGGAUAUCUUGUUCUACGACGACCUCUCAGUAGAUAUAUCCGAGGGCGAGUUCCCGCUUCAGAUACCCCAUGCGAGGUUAAAGGAACGAGAAUUCGUGUUAAGACCUCUUGCUGAUAUCAUCCCUGCAUACACCCACCCAACUGAGCAGAAAUCGAUUCAAAACCUCUUAAACUCUUUACCCAAAAGCAACCCCCCAAUGCAGCGCGUGAUGCCGCUCAUAUCAACCGCACAUUCAAGCGCCUCUGCUGAAAUGCAGCAUCCCUACUGGACAUGGGGUUCUAAAACCUAUCUCAUGGCAACCCUCAAUACGACGCCAGAUUCGUUCUCUGACGGGGGAAAACACGUCCACGCCCCAGAAUCCUUGCAGCCGUCUCCCGCUUUACAAUACGUGCGCGAUUCGCUCAAGCAAGGCGCGGAUAUUUUAGACAUCGGAGGAUACUCCACUCGUCCGGGUGCGGCCUCUGUCUCACCGGAAACAGAGAUCUCGCGCAUCGUUCCCGCUAUACAGGCGGUCCGAGAAGCAGGAAUCACGAUCCCCAUUUCAGUCGAUACGUUCCGCGCCGAGGUUGCGAGAGCUGCGCUCAUGGCAGGUGCCAACUGGAUCAACGAUAUUCGUGCCGGCCGAGGCGAGUACGCAUCUUCCGCGUUCCGCCAAUCAGAAUCGAUGUUUGAUGUCGCACAUGAGUUUGGGUGUCCUAUCGUCUUGAUGCAUUCGCGUGAGCUCGCUAACGAAGAUAAGGUGUAUCCAUCAGGAACACUGGAUGGUGUUCGUAAUGAGCUAGGACAGCAAGUCGCCGCAGCACUUCGAUCCGGCGUCAGACGAUGGAACAUCAUCGCCGAUCCAGGCUACGGAUUCAGCAAAUCAAUAGCGGGGAACCUUCAGCUCGUGCGGAAUCUCAAGCAUCUUGUGGAAGGUGGCGACGGUCCGAAGCGAGCGCUGGGAGGUCUACCGAUCUUGGCCGGUACAUCGAGAAAGUCGUAUCUUGGUUCGAUCGUCGCCCGCAGCAGGGGGAAUUCGGAGACAGCACCGGUAGGGGCGCAAGAGAGGGAAUGGGCGACGGCUGCUGCGGUCGCUGCCUGCGUCCAGGCCGGCGCCGACAUCGUCAGGGUCCAUAACCUCCAGGCCAUGACCGAUGUCGUCGCCGUCGCCGAUGCCAUCUGGCGGUCCGCCCAUGACGACUGA